UUGUAUUGCAUUAUGUCUUAAUCUUCAUUUCAUCUUCCAAGGUGACUUUACUGUGGAAAUUAGCUGCAUUAUGUCUAACUUUCAUUUCAUCUUCCUAGGUUGCAUUGGACCAAGAGACUUUCAAGCAUGGCUGUAAAAAAGCAGUUGAAAUUUCACACAGACACACAGCAAAAGAACCCUUUUGCCAUGGUGCAUUAAAUUUCUGUCUUUCUCUCCAUCUCUGUCUCUCUCUCUCUCUCUUGGUUAAGUAUAAAAGCAGUGACAUUAGAAUGAAAAUGAAGGUAGGGUCAUUUCUUUAAAGGGCAGUACUUUGCAAAAACUCCAGAAUCAUCAAAUCGACCCUCCAAUUUCAAAGGCUAAAACCCCAUUUCAUCAAACAAAGAUCAUUCACUCUAAUGAGUUAGAUGUUUCAAGAACCAUGAUGAACACUGUUCACCUUUUCUUCUACUUCUUGAUAGUCAUUAUUGUACUAUGCAAUAUUGGUUUUUACUCAGGCAAUUUUAGCAAUGAAGAUGAAAACACAACUGUAGCACUGAAGCCAGAAUUUGCUUAUCUUAAUCACCGGAAACUCAUGUUGCAUGGGGUUUGCACAAAGUGGGAUAUAAGCAUUUCACAGAGCAGAUAUCCAACUCCAGGAAUCCCAAAAUACAUAGUUCAGAUUGUGAACACCUGUGUUUCUGGCUGUGCACCUUCCAACAUUCACCUCCACUGUGGCUGGUUUGCCUCUGCAAGAAUAGUGAAUCCAAGAACCUUCAAAAGACUAUCUUUUGAUGACUGCCUUGUUAAUGGGGGACAGCCAUUGAAGAGCAGCCAGAGCAUCAGAUUCACCUAUGCAAACUCGUUCAUGUAUCCACUUCAAUUCAAGUCUGCCGACUUCUGUUGAGCCCGGAAGCAGCAAAAUAAUUUGGAGGAGAAAAUUAUUACCACAUGUGGUCCAGCUAAGAUCUUACAUCAUGCAAACAUGGUUGUAAAUGUAAUGGGGUUAAUUAAGUUUAUUUUUGUGAGUGUUUUUAUUACAUGAAUUGUACUGUGAUUGGUAAAUUUUUAGGGUGGAAAGCUACUGUUUGUUUAGAAGGCUGCAUGGUGCAAGGGGGAUUCUUGAUUCUUGGCUAGGCCUGGAAAUCAGUGUUUCCUUUUUGCAGUGCGUGUGCUCCAACUUUCUCAGUGCAAUGUCUCUUCUCCAUCCGCCAAAAUACAACAUACAAGAAAAUGUAAACGCAUACAUCGCCCACUUUUUAAUUAUCUAAUGAUCAUGAAUGGGAGGAGUGCGCAUUUUGAUUGUAUCAUUAUAUGAUAGCCCAAUAUAG